AUGGACGGAUUUUCGUCCUCGGAGGAGGAGAUGGAAGACGAACAAUUGGACGAUCUCGCGAAUGAGCUUAUAAACGGACCGAGCGCUAAACGGGACAGCGCGGCUGCUUAUAGCGGGGCUGGUUCUUCUAGCGGAGCGAAAGCAGGAUUUUUUUCGUAUUCCUCUGCCGUCGCGAGUCGCGUUACGACGCACGUCAGGCGGCUUAGUCAGGUGCGCUUCGGCGGAGGUAAGGAUCGGGAGGGGGAAUCCGAGUCCACAUCAGCUUCCGCCGGUGCCACGUCAGCGGCUUCGACGUCCGCAAAUGCCGUUACUCAGUCAAAUUCCGGGGCGAGCAAUCUAUCCCGGAUUUUCCGCCACGUUUUCCGGCGGCCUAUCGGCGCAUCGGGCUCCUCCUCUUCCGCUCACGAGAUCGAGCUCCCCCCUCUUCCUUCCGACAUUCCCCCGCAAAUCAACGGCGGAUACGCGUCCCUGGACGAUCCGACGGCUGAGAGCGCGCCGAUCGCGUAUCUGACGGACGAUCUGCUCUUGGAGUGCCUCGCGCGCGCGGAUCGGCGCGCUUUGGGGGCGAUGCAGCGCGUGUGCCGCACGUGGCGCGGAAUAAUCCGCACCGACGCGUUCCGCGAAUACCGGGAGGCGGUGCGCGUUGGGGCGGUAGGGGGGUGUGUUGGGGGGAGAUUGCACGUGAUUGGUGGAAGCCGGAGCAGCCUUCAGUUUAGGGCCGCAACUGAGGCGCUAAGCUUGGAGGUUUUCCACCCCAGGGCCCGAACCUGGGAGGUCCGGGAGCCGAUUCCGAAGCUGGGGGUCGUGCUAGACUCGGCGGUCCUUGGUCGCUACAUUUUCAUUCUCAGGUGCAUCGAAUCUGGACAGAUUUCAUUCGUGCGGUACGACACGCGUGGCAACGAGUGGAAGGACAUGCACAGCGUGCCGUACGUCCCCCCCGCCGACCCCAUGAUACUUAGCAAAGUGUCGUUUAGGUGCGUUGCCACGCGAACCAGGGUGCUGGUGGUGCAGGUGCGGGGCACGUGUGGAGACAUGGGAAUUCCUUCGUUUGCUGCUGGUGUGCGGGAGGGGAGAAGGGGAGGGGAGGGAGGGAGAGGUGGGAGAGAGGGGGCGAGGGGUGGGGGAGAGGGGGCGAGGGGUGGGAUAAGAAGAGGCGAAAGAGGAGUGGCAGAGGCAGGUGAGGCGGCAGGAGUGGCGGCAGGAGAGGGUGCGGGGGAAGAGGCAGGAGGGGCAGCGGAGGAGACGACAAGAGAGGUAGCAGCACAAGGAGCAGAAGAGGUAACAGGCGAUGAGACAGAGGGGGCAGCAGGAGGGGCGACAGAAGGACCAGGGAGAGGGGCAGCAGAAGGAGCAGUAGGGGCGGAGACGGGAGAAGGAGCACCAGGCGGAGCAACAGAAGAGACAGUCGGAGAGGAGGCAGGUGAUGAGGCAGGAGAGGUGCAUUCGUGUUCCUUCUUUCAUCUCUCCCUGUUAUUAUAUGGGAACCUUCCCGACACUGGCAUAUUCCACCACAAAGCACUUCAUAGCUGGAUGAACGGCUGGUUCACGCCGAACCUCGGCUCUUCGCCGUCGUCCCCCGGACUAGCGAGACUCGCAUCUUCCACCAGCGAUGGCGACUUUUACUUGGCAGAUUUAAUCGCUGAGAGAAAGAAACUGACUCCUUUCAAGCUCGUUCUACCGCACUGCUCCCGCCUCUUGGAGGAAGAGAUUGCGCGGCUGACUUCGCUCAACUGUUCCUCCUCUGCCACGGACAACGAUAGCAUAUCAAAUCCGGAGCAGCUGUUACCCGACCAGCUCACUUCGCCAAAGUCGCAGAAUGGGCAUUCGCCUACUCCCUCGCCUUUCGAUGGGGGCACAUGGUCGCCACUCCCUAACGAGAUCGAGCCCUCGUUUUCCCCGCUGGUGAUGCUCCCGCCGCCUCCGCCAAUCCCUCAGUCCCUUCCGCCGCUCCCCAGCUGGAGCCCUCCGCCGGCACCCGCGGGAGGCGCAGGGGGAAUGGGGGCGGGAGGCGCAGGUAGAACAGGGAGCGGAAUGGGGGGCGGAAUGGGAGGCGGAAUGGGGGGCGGGAUGGGGGGUGGAAUGGCGGGCGGAAUGGGGGGCGGAAUGGGGGGCGGAAUGGGGGGGGGCGGAGUUGCGCCGAUAGUGAAGAAGAUGCAGCGCGUGAACGUCCCCGUGGACCGCUUCCCCGCGUACAACUUCGUGGGGCGCCUGCUGGGGCCGCGCGGAAACUCGCUGAAGCGCGUGGAGGCGCAAACGGGCUGCCGCGUGCUGAUCCGCGGGCGAGGGUCGAUCAAGGACCCGUGCAGGGAAGAGCGCCUACGUGGCAAGCCUGGCUACGAGCAUCUCUUCGACCCCCUCCACGUGGUCGUAGUUGCGGAACUACCGGCGGACAUUGUGGACAUGCAGCUGGGGGAGGCGUGCGAAAUAGUGCACGAACUGCUGAAACCCGUGGACGACUCUUACGACUUGCUGAAGCGGGCACAACUUCGCGAGCUGGCAGUGCUGAAUGGGAUGCCUGAGCACGGUCCUGGCCACUGGCGAGCGGGACCGGGUUACCCGCCUCGCUCAUCCCCGUUUUCAGAUACUGCAUCAUCUGGUCUUAAAGGAGUUUGCCAUUAG